UUCUUGGUCUUAUCGCUUUCAUAAAGACUCGAUGAGUUCGCGGCAGACCUGAAGAACAAAAUCUGGUCAUGUUUUAUUGAAUAAUGUAACUGAACCUUUUCCUCGGAAUGGGAGUCCUCGCUCUUCUUUGUGUCGUGCUAUGUGGUAUUUGCGGGGGAAAUGCGGCCACUCACUCUCUGAAGUACAUCUACGUUGUUGUCACUGGGGAUACUGACUCCCCAGACUUCACCAUCACGGGUUUGGUGGAUGGUGAGGAGUUUGUGCGCUAUGACAGCAGCAUCAGGAGGAUGAUCCCCAAGACUGAGUGGAUGGAAAAAUCAGUGGACAAGCAGUACUGGGACAAACAGACUCAGAAAGCGCUCUAUGCACAUCAUAUCUUCAAAGACAAUAUUGGAAUUGCAAUGCAGCAUUACAAGUCAACUCAGGGUCAACACAUUCUCGAGUGGACUGUUGGCUGUGUGUGGGAUGAUAAGACCAGGAACGCAGGAGGGAUUGAACGUUAUGUAUACGACUGGAAAAGGUUUUUUCCUGAUGCCAUAAAAAACUGGAGUUUCAUUCCACCUGCACAGCAGCUGUUUAUCAGUGCAGUGAAAUGGAAUCCAGCUGAGCUUGAGAAUUACAGCCAGACCCAGACCUGCAUUGAGUCACUGAAGAAGUACGUGAGCUACAGGAAGAGCACUCUGGAGAGGACAGUUGCUCCUGAUGUGUCUCUGCUGCAGAAGGACUCCUCCUCUCCUGUUGUUACCUGUCAUGCGACCGGAUUCUACCCCCGUGACAUUACGAUAACCUGGCAGAGAAACGGAGAGGACCUGGAUGUAGAGCCGGGGGAGACGGUGCGCAAUGGGGACGGAACUUUCCAGACCACAUCUUACCUGACAGUGAAGCCUGAGGACUGGAAGAGCCAGCUUUACACCUGUACUGUACAGCACAAGAGCCUGAAACAGGACAUUGUUCUGCCUGUCAAAGAGGAGAACAUCAAGACACGUAGCUUCAUGGGCGUCAUCAUCGGCUGGGUGGUGGGCGUGCUCAUCCUCAUCCUCAUCCUCGCCGUCAUCGGUGUCGUCAUGUGUAGGAAGAGAAGCUCAGGCUACGUGAAGACCAGCACAUUAAGUCUGGGGGGGUAAACUCUUACUCACUUCCACGUCUCAGCUCCAUGCACUGCCAAAGGGGGCGAAGGACAAACCAAGUUAAUGUAGGCGGGGGUAGAUGGCAGCUACCACUGCAGUCUACAUUCAAAGGGGGGAAUUUUUUAUUUAUUUAUAAUUUGCGUGUAAUUCAUUUCAAGUCCGUUGAUCUUAUGUUAUACAUUAUUUCUGUUAUUGGUACCAUGUUUUUUGUAUUGUUAAUUUAUUUUAGUUUGGCUGUUAAGUUAAUUGAUUUAAUAUAUGGUGGUUUAUGUCAGGGGUGGAGCUACUUAGUAUAAAGUUAUGAGUUUAGAGUUCCACCAGCCAAUCCUGACUAAACCUGCGUCGCAAACUUUGGGCCAGUAGGCAUAGCCAAAUUUUGCAAAUUGCUACAUUGUAUUAUUUUUCUUUAUUUUUCCUUUUGUUAGGUAGUUUUUAUUUUCUAGUAUUUUUAUUUUUUGUUCACUGUUCAUAUUUUGCACUGCAUUGUGAGAACCAGUGCUGUAAAAAAAAAAAAAAAAAAA